AAAAGCCUAUAUACUUCAACUCAACCCUAACCUAACAAAUGUUUGGAGUUCUCUCAAACAAAGACUUCGUAACCCAGAAAAUGCGGAAUCCUUAGAGCAUAGGUCACGUUUGGAGUUGACGAAGCCAUCACCAGUUCCACCACGACCAGUCUUCUUCAUAACAAUCUGAACUCUUGCAGUUGCAACCACUGAACGAAUCUCCGAACCCUAGCUUGUACUUUUUCCCUUUUCAACUCAGGUAAAUUCAUCUUUUGAUUUUCUUAGUUUCGGUUUGACGUUUUUGUUUUUUAUAUCUAUUAUUGAGCCUAGUUAGUUGCUGAGUUAAUUCAAUUGGUAGGGUUUUUACUGAUUUUAAGUUAGAUUGAUUAUAAACUUAGGUAUUUUUGUGAACAAGGUGCUUGUUGAAAUGCCACAAUGAGUUUACUUAUGUUGAUUUUGAGUAUAACUUGUUUAUACUUUCCUUCCACAAUCCAUUUUGAACCAUUGUUUUCAGUGUUGUUAAAUAGCUUCUAUUAUCACGAAGAAAAUUACCGGUUUCUCGUUUUCAGUUUAACCUGCGCAUCGCAAGCUUCUCUACAGUGUUUCCGAAGAUGACAUGAAAAUAUUUUGGCAACUCAUAGUGCAGAGGAGGCUUCUUGUUGUCCAGCUUUUCCACUUUAGCUGGGUUGUUUGCUUGAUGUGUUGGUGCAGGAACCAGAGCAUCCGCACAUGUGUUUUUUCUUUCUACUUCUGAAAUGCCGUCGGCAAUUUGCUAUACGUUGUGUGAAUUAUCUAUCAUCUGUCAACUAUGUUUGCAUCACACCUGUUCAAGAUUCUUAAUUGGAGAUUCAAACUCGAGCAUACUGUGGCACUCAUUUUCUCCUGAAUCUGCGAGGUGGUGGGGUCAUUGGGGUGGUUGGGUGUGCUGGUUCUAAUCAGCUUGUUUGGGUUUGUUUUUUACGAGCCUAUGGCUUGCAGCUCUGGGUUAAAUGACAACUAUACUACGAGCCUAUGGCUUUCAUGAUUCCUUCAUUGGGCAUGAAAUAUAGACGUUAUCUUUAUUAUGCUCAAGUGUGGUUGUGAUUUAAUGAUGUGAGUAGAAAUGAACAUAGCACUUGAAUUUAUUUUUUAAAAUGUUCUUGACUUCUAUUUUGGUCUUCUUUAUCAUGUUGGUGGUAAAUAUAUGCAUCUGAAUACAACUCUACUUUGGUCUUCUUUAUCUAUGAUUUUCCAGGCGUGUAGCAUUACAAGCUACAAAAAUCGGUUCUUUUGUAUUUUUUAGACUUUAGAAUCAAUUGUUUUGGAAUGCUGUUUAUAGCAGUGAGCUUGCUAGCUUUUUUUUUACUUCAGGGUAAUAAUGCAAGUGGCGUAGAGGCGUUGACACAAACUUUUGGUAUAUCUGGUAUCAUUGUUGGUUCUGAUGUUUUGUCAAAGAGGCUCUUUCGAGAUAAAUAGUAGCUUUGAUGAAUGUAGAAGGAAUCAUUAGGGAACAUGUCGCAAGCCAUCUCCAGAUUACAUGUUCUUUACAAAUCUGCUGCUGCUAAAGGAGCUGCUGGAUGUUGGGUUUUAUAGUUAUUCAUGUGGUAUGGCUGAGUUCAUGGUAAAAGAUGAGGUCAGAAAAAGUUUCUAUAAGAAUCCUGGAAUUGCUGCUGGACUUGUAAGAAUGCAUUUUCAUGAUUCCUUUAUCAGAGGGUGUGAUGCGUCGGUACUUCUUGAUUCGACUUCCUCAAACACUACAGAGACAGACUCUCCAGCCAAUAAACCGAUUCUUAGAGGGUUUGAAGUUAUUGAUAAUGCCAAAGCUAAACUUGAAGAAGCAUGCAAAGGAAUUGUUUCAUGCGCCGACAUAGUUGCAUUUGCAGCAAGAGACAGUGUAGAGUUGGCUGGAGGACUUGGCUAUGAUGUUCCUGCAGGAAGAAGAGAUGGAAAAAUAUCACUAGCUUCUGAUACAGAUCAGAUUUACCUCCUCCAACUUUCAAUGUUAACCAACUCACUCAACUCUUUGCAACACACAUUAUUUAUGGUAAGUUAAUGUUUUCCUCCUCAUCAAUUUGGUAGAAAAGCAGGUAUCAAAUCAUCUGGAGGGAGUUCCAUACUAUGGCCCAACAACUGAUUUUUCUGCCAAUGAGAUAACCAACAGACUAGUGGGGAACAAGAGAACUAAUUCUGAUUCCUCUUUCAUUGCUUCUUCUAGAGAUGCCUUCCAAUUGGGCCCUGAUUCAUUUCAAAACUCACAUUUGAUGAAGGUUACUUUCAAUUAUCAUCACUUCAUUAUUAUUAUAUUAUUAUUCACACUUGAUGUCUAAGUCGUGGUUUCGGACAGGUUC